CCACUAUUUCCUUCGGAUGAAACACGCUUUUGAAAAUAUCAAGCAGAAGUCAACCUCAUUUCAAGAUCACCUUAUGAACUACUUUGCUCCCAAAAGCUGUGUCUGAAUAUCUCUUCAAGAUCAUCUUCUAAACCAUUUCUGCAGAUUCAUAUCAGGAGUGUGUAUCUUCCACAACCAAAGCAUAAACAUUCAAAGAUGGCUAUGGCUUCUUCUUCUUCAUCUUCUCCUCUCAAAAAACACGAUGUUUUUAUCAGUUUUAGAGGGGAAGACACUCGCGCCAAUUUUACAAGCUUUCUUCAUGCGGCUUUGUGUAGAAACCACAUCGAAACCUACAUAGACUAUAGGAUCGAAAAAGGAAAAGAGGUUUGGGAAGAACUUGAAAAAGCAAUUAAAGCAUCCGCUUUAUUUUUGGUUGUGUUCUCAGAAAACUAUGCAUCUUCAACAUGGUGUUUGAAUGAACUCGUUGAAAUAAUGUAGUGCAAGAAAUAUGACAAAGACAACGUUGUUGUUAUUCCUGUGUUCUACCGUAUAGAACCUUCACAUGUCCGAAAGCAGACAGGGAGUUACCACACGGCGUUGGCGAAACAAAAGAAACAAGGCAAAGAUAAGAUUCAAAAGUGGAAGAAUGCUCUCUUUGAAGUAGCUAAUUUAUCUGGCUUCGAUUCAAGUACAUAUAGGACUGAAUCUGUCUUGAUUGAAGACAUCAUCAAAGCUGUUUUACAAAUAUUGAAUCAAAAGUAUAGAAAUGAACUUAGAUGUUUGUUCAUACCAGAUGAAAACUAUUCAAGCAUUGAAUCAUUAUUAAAAGUUGAUUCAAGAGAAGUUAGAACUAUUGGAAUUUGGGGCAUGGGAGGCAUUGGAAAGACAACCCUUGCUGCUGCCAUAUUUCAGAAGGUAUCUUCCAUGUAUGAAGGUAGUUGCUUCCUAGAAAAUGUCACAGAAGAAUCAAAGAGACAUGGGCUCAGUUACACAUACAACAGACUUCUUUCUAAGUUACUAGGGGAAGAUCUUCAUAUUGAGACUCCUAAAGUAAUAUCAUCUAUGGUUAUGAAAAGACUCAAACGCAUGAAAGCUUUCAUUGUACUAGAUGAUGUUCGUACUUUAGAACUUCUAGAUAAUUUGAUUGGAGCAGGGCAUGAUUGCCUUGGAGUUGGUAGCAGAGUCAUUGUGACAACCAGAGAUAAGCAUGUGUUGACAGGAGGAGGAAUUGACGAAAUUCAUCAAGUUAAGGAAAUGAACUCUCAAAACUCCAUCAGGUUGUUCAGUUUGAAUGCUUUCAAAAAAAUCCUUCCCAAUGAGGGAUAUGAAGAGAUAUCAAACAAUGUAGUUUCUUAUACAAAAGGCAACCCUUUGGCUUUGAAAGUUCUGGGUUCAUUUCUUCGUACAAAAAGUAAAAAAGAAUGGAAUAGUGCUUUAAACAAACUGAAGGAAAUUCCCAAUGCUGAAAUUCAAAAGGUGUUGAGGUUAAGCUAUGAUGAAUUAGAUGAUACAGAGAAAAAUAUAUUUCUAGACGUUGCAUGUUUUUUCAAAGGAUUUGGAAGCAGCAGCAGUGUAACAAAAAUAUUAAAUGCAUGUGGUUUUUUUGCAGAUAUUGGGAUAAGAAACCUAUUAGACAAGGCUCUUGUAACAAUUACUUCAGAAAAUUUCAUAAAGAUGCAUGACUUGAUAAAACAAAUGGGUAGGGAAAUUGUUCGUGAAGAAUCUAUCAAAAACCCUAGACAACGCAGUAGGUUGUGGAAUGCUGACGAAAUUUGUGAUGUGCUGACAGACAAUAAUGUAAUAAUGAUAUAUACCUUGACUUGCAUUGCAAAAAACAUGUAUAUAUAUAGGGUUUUGCUAGAAGACACCUUUUAUGAAGGUGUGUUUACACCUUCAUGGGUGUCUUACAGCAAAACUCAUAUAUAUAUAUAUAUGAUUCUAAUUUUCAUUUAUCAGGGGACUACUGCAGUUGAAAGCAUAUGCUUAGAUAUGGAUCAAACUACCUGCAUAAAUUUGAACUCUAACGCAUUCACAAAGAUGCCAAACCUAAAAAUGCUUGCUUUCAACGACCACCAUCAAGAUGUUAUGGGAUUUAAUUCUGUGCAUCUUCUGGAGGGCGUUGAUUUUUUUCCUAACAACUUGCGAAGUUUUGGAUGGAGUGCAUAUCCAUUAAAUUCUCUACCAUCAAAUUUUUCUCCAUCGAAUCUUGUUGAACUUUACCUUCCCUAUAGCAACCUGGAAAAACUUUGGAAUGGAGCACAGAAUUUUCCGAGUUUAGAGAGAAUUGACCUUAGUAAGUCUGCACGCUUGUUAGAGUGUCCAAAUUUUUCCAAUGCCCCAAAUCUUAAGCAUAUAAAACUUGAAAAUUGUGAAAGCAUAUGUCAUGUUGACCCAUCUAUUUUCAAUCUCCCAAAGCUUGAAGACCUAAAUGUGAGUGGAUGUAAGUCACUUAAGAGCCUCUACAGCAGCACUCGUUCACAAUCUUUCCAGAGACUUUAUGCAGGUGAAUGUUACAAUCUCCAAGAGUUCAUAUCAAUGCCCCAAAACACUAACGAUCCUUCCACAACGACAACUGGGCUGACAUCAUCAACUUUGCUCAUCAGAAAUCUUGAUGUAUUUACUUUUCCCAUUUGUGAGAGUCUUGUGGAUCUUCCUGAAAACUUUUCAUACGAUAUCACACUUUCUGACUCAAAGAUGAAUGACAAAGAUACUUUGACCACCUUGCAUAAAUUACUCCCUAGCCCUUGUUUCAGGUAUGUUAGAGGUUUAUGUUUCAGUUAUUGUCACAAUUUAUCUGAAAUCCCAGACAGCAUCUCCUUGCUAUCAUCAUUGGAGAAUUUAGGACUAUUUGCCUGUCCUAUCAUAAGCUUACCUGAAAGCAUUAAUUGUCUUCCAAGACUCAUGUUUUUUGAAGUUGCUAACUGUGAAAUGCUUCAAUCUAUACCUUCUCUUCCACAAUCCAUUCAGUCGUUCCGUGUUUGGAACUGUGAAUCUCUUCAGAAUGUGUUGAAUUGAACAAAUGAACAAACCAAAAUACACCAAAAUACGCGUACUUUUCUCCUCCCUAACUGCAUAAAAUUGAAUCAACAUUCAUUUGUUUCCAUUUUGAAUGAUGCCAUUGUAAGAAUUGAACUCGGAACAAAACCACUACUCCCAGCAGAUGUAUUAGAAAACAAGGAAGAAGCAGCUUCAGAUAAUAAUGAUGAUGAUGGUUACAAUUACUCUUAUAAUUGGGACACUUUAAUAAAAGGUAAGAUUUGCUACAUGUUACCAGCUGGAAAUUUUAAAAAUGGAGACUGGUUCCAUUACCAUUCUACACAAACUUUGGUGUCUAUUGAACUUCCCCCCAGUGAUAAUUUGGGUUUCAUUUUCUACUUGGUUCUUUCUCAAGUUCAAUCAUAUCGCAUUGGAUACCAUGGAAGUUUUGGAUGUGAGUGCUACUUAGAAACCACUUGCGGUGAAUGUAUAAGUAUAAGAAGUUUCUUUGUAGAUGAAAGCGUUUUGCUUAAUCCUCAUACUCCAUUACACAUAUUUUCGGAUCAUUUGUUUUUAUGGUACGAUGCACAAUGUUGCAAGCAAAUAAUGGAAGCUGUCAAAGAAAUAAAAGCCAAUGACAUGAGUGCCAUUCACAAUUCAAAGCUUACAUUUAAAUUCUUCGCUCGUACUCAAGAUAACAUGGAAGCAGCGAUAAAAGAGUGUGGUUUUCGAUGGAUAUAUUCCUCAGAAGGUCAAGUUGUCGAGGAAGAAGAAGGAUGUGAAUCUGAGACAAGUAAGGAAACUCACACAGUGGAGGGUUCUGAAUCUGAUGAGCAAGAAGAAACAGUUCCACCAGCAAUGAAUUUUCAGCAAAGUGUCUAUGGAACUCCCAAUCUGGAAGCAGUAGAAACAAAAGACUUAAGGAGUGUACUUGAAGAACUCUUGCAUAUUGGAUUUGGCGGAGACCUCAUGUUAUAAAAUUCUGUUGCAGCUUAUGUAAAGACAUGCAGUCAAUAAUUGAACUUA